AUGGCAACCGCCGCUCUGGGGCCCUGGCGGCUUCUUCUCCCUUCAACUCCUCUCUGUUCUCACUGUUCUCAGAACAAUGAGCUUUGUGGGUUCUUUGGAAUGGUCUGGCGGUUGGUGGACUGGGCUUCCGAUCUGGGACUCUGCGGUCCAGAGCGGCUGCAGGUGAGCCUCCCUCAGGUGGGCAGCAGGUGGGUGGCCCUCCCAAAGGAGGUAAAAAUUGGCAAAGAAAGGGGUGGAAACCCAGAGGUGCAGGGUGACCCAGGUGCUUUGGGGGGGGGGUCUUCAGUCCCGGCGGUUUAUUCACAGCUGAAUUGGUUUCACUUUGUUUCCUUUCCGGGGGGCAGAGGAGUUGGUGACAGGUUACAGGUCUCUUGCAUCUUGCGCAUGAGUUAUGUUCUGGGGUGGCACACGUAACACAGAAGUGCGCAGUUGUGCCACCCCAUUCGAACUGCUCCUGCAACAUAGAGGUGCUGUGUGGAAUGAGUUUCUUGCCACCGCCGCCCCCCCAAAAAACCCUACAAGGUUAAAACCUCUUUUUCUCAGCGUCUUUGCAGCACAAAAGAGCUUUUAAGCUCUCUGCCAUCCGUGUUUUUAAUGCCCACGAUUUAAACCAGCUGUCAGCUGUGUCAAGUUGAAAUCGUGCAGGUGAACGGCCGUCAGCUGAGGAUUCUGGGUGCGGUUUCUCGUAAGAACUUAUUUCUUCUUGUCUUUCGUUUGCGAUCCCCACUCAGGCGCUUCCAGUUCCGACCAGCAAGCGGACACAGCCGGACGCCUGGGUUCCCUCUCCGGGCCUGAGGUUGAGCUGUCACGCCAGGGACACCCGGCCCCCUGCUGGCUGCUCUGCUUCUGUUUUCCUGCCAUUGAAGUCCUUGGCCCCCAUCCUGUCAAAUGUUCUUCUUGCAGAGAUAAGGCUGGCAGCAGCUGGAGGAUCUUUUCACCACCCGUGGGGAAAUUUCCCUCUUCUCCCAGACUUUCCCUAACCUUCUCUUAUUUAUUUCCUCGAUUGUACCUUUGGUCUAAGGAGGUCCGUGAGGUGUGUCUGGCUCUCCGUUUCCUCACUGAAUCCCCAGAACACCCCUGCAAGGUAGGUGAGGCGGAGAGUUAGGGAUGUUGGGAUACUGCCAGGGAGAUAAAGUCCAUCAUGGCCCCCAAGCCGGCUGCCGGACGAUCCAUCGAUCUCCCGUAGUCACGCAGUAUCAGCAAUUAGUGACAUGAGCUUUCAGAAAUAGCUUGCUACAUUCCAGAGCUCAUGCACACUCUAUCAGCAGAUAAUUCACAGCAGAAGUUGCACUCAGGAGAGCAUUAUUUACAAGUUUAUUCAGCGUUGGUCAGAACAAAGAAAAACAUGACUGCCUGCAUCAGUGUCUCCAGACACAGAGAGAAAACGAAAGCAAUAGAAAACAUAAACAUCCUGUGAACAGGAAAUGCGCAGACUCUGUGACUCACAAAGCCUGCUCCCUUUUAAGGUGGAACGGAAAUAUCCUAACAAGGGACUGGCCCAAGGUCACUCACUGAGCUUCCUGGCUGAGUGGGGACUCAAACCCUGGUCUUCCAGGUCAGAGUCUGACACUCUAACUCAGGGGUCAGCAACCUAAGGCCCAUGGGCCGGAAGCAGCCAGUGGAGGUCGUUUGACCAGCCCACAAGCCGCCCCCAAACUGAGAUGCCCGCUCAUGCACUGCGCUAAACUGGUGCAGUGCGGUGCAGGGAAUUGCUUCCGCGGCACCAAAAAUUGAAUCUGCACAGACGCAGGUGCCCAAAAUUGCAUCUGUGCAUGUGCAGACGCCAAAAACCACAGGCGCACGCACAAUCCAGCCCACGGAGGAAUUUCCGCGGGACCGAUCCGGCCCAGGCAAGAUAAACCUUGCUGACCCCUGCUCUAACCAUUAUGCCUCACAGCCUCUCCCUCCAUAUUGGUUCCUGGUAUCUUCAGCCAUGAUGGCGACUGUUGAUGCUUAUCUUAUUGCCAGUUGCUACACGCUUUCACUGCAUGAGCCGCUUUCCUUUUCUAAUUGAAAAGCAGCGCAGAAAUUUUUAAUUAAUGUAAUUAAUUAAAUUCCUGCCUUGCAUCACGAGGAUCAGACAAAUCCGUGGAGGAGGAGAGGGCUGUGGAUGGCUGCUAGCCAGAAGGCCUCUGCUCUGCAAUGCUUCCGAAUCCCAGUUGCUGGAAACUACAGGAGGGGAGAGGGGUCCCAUGUGCGAAUCCUGCUUGCGGGUUUCCUAUUGGGGCAUCUGGUCAGCCACUGUGAGAUCAGGGUGCUGGACACGAUCCCCCCCCUUUGGCCUGAUCCUGCUGCUGGUGGUCUCUUCUCCUGCUAUUCAAUCCGUACUCCAUUGAUGGGAGUCCAUGUGGCAGAGGCAAGAGGCGGCCAGAACCCCCAUCAGGGACCCUACAGAGCUGUGAUCCCCUUUGCCCAAAGCUGGAAAGGGCCCAGAACUCAUAGAACAUCCUAUGGUGUGUGCAGAAGCCCCCAGAUUCCUCCAGGGCAUCUUUGGCUCCUUGCAGAUCCUGGGAAUCUGCUGCCACUCCCCCACCCCCAGAGUAGGUGUCCCAGGCUGGGUGGACCAAUGGUGUGAGCUGUGGGGAACCGGCUACCUAAGCUACGCCAGCCUGCAGGCAGGGCCCUUCACCUUGUCCCUGCAGCCCAUGCCAGCCUCAGGCGCUGAGUAUCAUUUCCUCCCAGAGCUGGUGCUGGGACCCAGAGCUUCCCUCCCAUUUCCUUCCCUCCCAGAACUGAAAAACCAAGGAGGAUCCUUCCUUUCUCACCCCAGUCCCCCUGCACCCCUUUCGGGGAUCAGGGAGGGCAAGGGCACGGGAGCGUUUGUUGGCACCAGCGCCGUUCCUGAGGACCAGGCGCAGAGCUGUUCCUUGCUCCCCCCCCCCAUCUCAAGAAAUGACUCUGAGAGGUGCGUUCCGUUUUCCCCGCAGAAAAUGACGUCCCGCGUGACCCUGGCGAAGUCCCGGGCGGAGAGGUCGCGCCCGCCCACGGUGCCCGUCCCCCAGGUGGAGAUCGUCCCGGGGCGCCUGACGGAAGGAGACUGGUUCUCCCUGCUGGGCUUUGAGGAAGCCGAGGAUCACGUGGGCGACAUCCUGGCAGGGCUGAUGGAUCAGGUCCUGGAGGAGUGCUUCAAGGUCUAUUUGGAGAGGCAGGUGAGUCGUUCUUUGGGCAGCGCUGCCUUCCAGGGUGAGGAGGCUGCAUGCCAGAAGCCCUUUGGUUUCAGACUCCAGGCCCCUCACCUUCUAGGAAAGAGAGGAGGGCUGAGCAGCGUCAGAAACUCAGAUAUAGAAGCUAGCAGGCAUUUGGGGGCAAGUGUUGUUUUUCAAGUGAUGGCCUGUGUGAUUGAUUCUCUUCUGCUUUAUUUCUCAGUGAUGGCCCACUUUGUCCAGCUGGGUUCACCUUCAGAGAAAGCAGUACUGUUGCUGCUGUUUCUGUUCUUAAUAGGUCAUAUAUAUAUGUAGUUUCAAUGCCAUUUGCAUUUUUAUUUUUAUAUUUUUAUAUUUAUUUAUUUAUACCCUGCCCUCCCCAGCCAGAGCCUGCCUCAGGGCAGAUAACACCAGUAAAAUUACAGUAAAAACAUAAUAGGGAAAAAAACCCAAUUUAAAAUACAGGUUAAAAUGCAAUUUAAAAUGCAGCCUCAUUUUAAUAGUAGCCCAUAGAUCAAAACCGUAAGGGGAGGGAAACAUAAGGGUCAGACUGAGUCCAAGCCAAAGGCCAGGCGGAACAGCUCUGUCUUGCAGGCCCUGUGGAAAGAUGUCAAGUCCCGCAGGGCCCUGGUCUCUUGGGACACAGCGUCCCACCAAGUCGGGGCCAGUACUGAAAAGGCCCUGGCCCUAGUUGAGACCAAUCGAACCACCUUGUGACUUGGGACCUCCAAAGUGUUGUCAUUUGUGGACCUUGAGGCUCUCCGUGGGGCAUACCAGGAGAGGCGGUCCUGUAGGUACAAGGGUCCUAGGCCACAUAGAGCUUUAAAGGUCAAAACCAGCACCUUAAACAUGACCCUGUACUCUACCAGGAGCUUCCUAAUGAUUAUCAUUCUAUGCUUUUAGCUUUUUCUCUCACUUUCUCUUUAAGCCACCCUGAAAAACACAAGAUAAAUAUAAAGAUAAAUGGAUGGUCACCUGUCAUGUGUGAUCUGGUGGAGAUUCCUGCAUUGCAGGGGGUUGAACUAAAUGUCCGCAUGACUCGGGGUCCCUUCCAACUCCACCAUUCUGUGAUUCUAUCAAGAAUAAGAAUAAUUGGCACCUAACACAGCAUCUUAAAAAGCAGAAACAUCACCUUGCCGACAAAGGUCCGUAUAGUUAAAGCCAUGGUUUUCCCAGUAGUGAUGUAUGGAAGUGAGAGCUGGACCAUAAAGAAGGCUGAUCGCCGAAGAAUUGAUGCUUUUGAAUUCUGGUGCUGGAGGAGACUCUUGAGAGUCCCAUGGACUGCAAGAAGAUCCAGCCUCUCCAUUCUGAAGGAAAUCAGCCCUGAGUGCUCACUGGAAGGUCAGAUCCUGAAGCUGAGGCUCCAAGACUUUGGCCACCUCAGGAGAAGAGAAGACUCCCUGGAAAAGACCCUGAUGUUGGGGAAGAUGGAGGGCACAAGGAGAAGGGGACGACAGAGGACGAGAUGGUGGGACAGUGUUCUCGAAGCUACAAACAUGAGUUUGACCAAACUGCGGGAGGCAGUGGAAGACAGGAGGGCCUGGCGUGCUCUGGUCCAGGGGGUCACGAAGAGGCGGACAUGACUAAAUGACUAAACAACAACAACAAUAUGUUUCGUUUCUUAGCCCAGCCGUUGCAAACAGCUUGGAAUCAGAGAACUGCAGAGUUGGAGGGGUCCCCCGAGGGCCAUCUAGUCCAGCCCGCUGCAAUGCAGGAAUCCCAGCAUUUUUUGCAGGCACCGAAAGGGAUAGGCUGAAGGUGUCCAUCCCGUAUCAAGGAGCCUGACGGCCUGGCCUUUUGAAAGAGGCCAACCAGGUGUGCAUGUGCCACGGGUGCAAAUCUCGCCCCUCAGCCUCAGCUUCCUGCCUGCCCCUCUGACUCUGACGCUCAGAGCUGGGCUGUUUGUGGGAGAGCACAGUGUGUGUGUGUGUGUGUGUGUGUGUGUGUGUGUGUGUCUGUGUGUGUUUCUCUUUCUCUCCUUGGGGUUUCCAGACCGGCUGGGGGGGGUGGUGGUGAGGCCGUGAGCCUUGGAGGGGACCCUGCCAGACCCUCCCUCCCCAAUCUCCUGCUCACCCUCCGCUCUGCCCCCUCCCAGUGCAUCCCCUACGUCAUCACCCAGGCCCGGGACGCCAUGCUCCAGAUCAUCGAGUGGCGCUUCCUGGUGCGAGACGAGGGCGAGGCCGGGGUGCCCGCGGAGCCCACCUGGCAGGAGGACGAGGAGCCAGUUGCCGGCAUCACCGACUCCUGGGCCCAGGGCUCUGUGCCUGUGCUGCAAGCCAUGCCGCGCCCGGAGGAGCCAGAGGUAGGAGGGCAGUGAGGCUGGCACACCUGCCAGGCUGGCGCGGGAUGGCAUCGUCCUGCUGGGGCUGAUGAAUUCAAGAUCCUUCCAAUAACGCUGGGGGGGGGGGUGAUCAGGGAGGCAUCCAGAGGAGGGCUGGGUGGACCAGGGGCCCCAGAGGACAGAUCCUGCCAGGAGGGCAGAAGGGACAGGGGGUGCUUGGCCCGCAGAGAAGGCCUCAGCUGGGUGGUAUAUCGAUAUAUUGUCCAAAACCAUAUCAUGACCUCCAGUUUCAUCAUUUUUGACCUACACCUUGGCUCCCAAACGCCGCAGACCCGGAAGUGACUGUUCCGGUUUGCAAACGUUCUUUGGAACGUCCGACAGGGCUUCCGCGGCUUCUGAUUGGCUGCAGGAGCUUUCUGCAGCCAAUCGGAAGCCGCGCCUUGGUUUCCGAACGUUAAAUGGACUUCUGGAACAGAUUCCGUUCGACUUCCGAGGUACAACUGUAUUGCAAAUCAUGCUGCAUGUGCGCUACCCAAAAAUCACAGUGCAGGAAAUAGCAGGAAUACAGCCAGAGCCUCUGCGUAGCUCCAUCCUUGUGUCAGACAUUGUGAUAGAUCAGUAUAUUGCAGUGUUCAGCUGGUGAUAUAAUUGAAAACCAAUUUUGCCCCUCCCUAGCUCACGAUGGGCUUAGUUCCUAGCAGGUUGAAGGUCUCCCUGGGAUGUUGCGGCAAAUGUGGCAUGGCAGCAUCAUGCUGCAGUUUCCCUGCUGCUCUCGUGAGGUGUUGCGUCCUCCAGGGAGGGCCGUAGCUCCGUGGUGGAGCUGAAGGCUUUGGGUUCAGGCCCCAGAGGCAGCAUCUCUGGUUAGGGCUGGGAGAAACUCCCUGCCAAAUACUGCGCAAGAUGGACUCCGUACCCCUGGCCUGGAAGCCGCAGUUCCUCCUGCCCUGGAGGCUGGUGUAGUGAGCAGGUGGCCUUGGCUGUAAAAGAGCCGCAAGUUACCUUGUUCACCUCCUCCUGGACCGACAGCGUUCUGGCAGUGGCACAAGCCUUGAAAAUCCCUCCCCGUUUGGCACAGCCCUCCGGCAAAGUCCACGCUUUGCCCUUUCACCUGAACUGCCCCCAUCCCUCUGCAGUUUUGCAGUUUGCCAACCCCGGACAGAGCAGUCAGGUUGGGAAGGUCCCCUGCCUGACUCCCCGGAGAGCCUCUUGCCUAGAAAUAUGGAACCAAUGUCUCCCCCGCAAACACCGGGAUUUGUCUCCUCUUCACUACGAGGACUUGGAAUAGUAGCUUGUAAUAAUAAUAAUAAUAUAAUAAUAAUAAUUUAUGAUUUAUCCCCGUCCCAUCUGGUUGGGUUUCCCCAGACACUCUGGGCAGCUUCCAACAGAAUAUUAAAAUACAAUCGUCUAUUAAACAUUAAAAGUUCCCCUAAACAGGGCUGCCUUCAGGUGUCUUCUAAAAGUUUGGUAGUUAUAUUUCUCUUUGACAUCUGGUGGGAGGGCAUUCCACAGGGCGGGUGCCACCACCGAGAAGGCCCUCUGCCUGGUUCUCUGUAACUUGGCUUCUUGCAGGGAGGGAACCGCCAGAAGGCCCUCAGAACUGGACCUCAGUGUCCGGGUAGAUGUCCUGAUUCUGCUCUUCAUACCCCCAGUUUUGAGGCUAACCUUAGAGUCACAGAACCAUAGAGUUGAAAGAGUUCCCUGAGAGUCAUCAAGUUCAGCCCCCUGCAGUGCAGGAAUCUCGGCUCAAGCAUCCCUGACCUCGGCUUAAAACCCCCAAGGAAGGAAAGUCCACCAUCUCCCAAGGGAGACUGUUUCACUGUCAAAACAGCUCUGCUACCAUAGCAGCAAAGCCUAGUCUUUCAAAACAUUGCAAAAAAAAAACUCAACCCCAUGAAUUUUUUUAUUUUAUGUUGUAAAAUGCCCUGUUGUUUCUCGAGGAAGGGCGGUGUAUAGAAAUUAAUAAAUAAUAAUGAUAUUAUAACCAGUCAGCUUCUCCCACCCAGUCCAACAGGCUGGCUUCUAGCCCCUUGGCUUGUGUUCUUAAAUGUUUUUAAUUGGUUUUUCAAAAGGAACAUGAGACUACAGCACCCCUUAGUAAGCAACUUCCCCUCCUCACCCAAUUUCCCCAAACCAGAGGGUCCUAUGGAGAAGCAUUUUUCCAAGGUUCAAAUGCAACUCUGGUGGAUGCCAUUGUAAUGGACAUAGUGCUAUGAAACUGUCUCUUCCCAGCUUAAGGCUUUAACUUCCUUGGUCCGUUUCCCUGAAAGCUUUUUUCUCCAAUGCGACCUUUGCGAGUGUUCCAGAGAUUUCCAGUUUGGGCCAACAAGUUCUCGGGCGUUUCCUGAAAGAAGAGCGAUCGGUGCUUCUUAUCUCAGAUGGACAUUGUCAUUUUUAAAGGUCACUAACAAUGUUCAAGGGACAUGGGUGGCGCUGUGGUCUAAACCACAGAACCUAGGGCUUGCUGAUCAGAAGGUCAGCGGUUCGAAUCCCCACGAUGGGGUGAGCUCCUGUUGUUCGGUCCCAGCUCCUGCCAACCUAGCAGUUUGAGAGCACACUAGUGCAAGUAGAUAAAUAGGUACCGCUCUGGCGGAAAGGUAAACAGCGUUUCCGUGCGCUGCUCUGGUUUGCCAGAAGCGGCUUAGUCAUGCUGGCCACAUGACCCGGAAGCUGUUGGCGGACAAAUGCCAGCCCCCUUGGCCUAUAGAGCGAGAUAAGCACACAACCCCAGAGUCGUCCACGACUGGACCUAACGGUCAGGGGUACCUUUACCUAACAAUGUUCAAAUUUUGGGGUGCUGAUCUUCUGGUCCGUCGGCUGACCUGGCCAACGUCUCUCCUCCAGGUUCCCAGACUCCCAGAGGAAGUUCCUCAACUCCCGGAGGAGUCCCCCAUUGCCAAAGAGGAGCCCGCAGGGCCCUCCGAUAUUGCUGCUCAGGGCUUCCCCCAGGGGACCCCCAGGUGGGAGGCAGAGAAGCUGGCCCAGGAGUCCUUGAAGGAGGUGCGGCCUGCCAGGUCCCGCAGCAGCAAGGUGGUGCUGAAGUCCGGAACCCACCUGGUGUCCAUCGCCCCCCUGCCGUCCCCCCUGCCAUCCUGCAAGAGCAGGCUGGGCCCCCAGGCCUACUACGGGCCCCUGCAGGCGUCCCGGCUGAGCGACAUCGUGAAGCCGCUGGCCGGCUCCGGAGAAGGAGCUGCUCCUGCGCCAGCUCUCCCUGAUGCCCGUGGAGGAGGCCUCGCGCCCGUGCCUCCUGCCGCUCUCCUGCAGCAACCUGCUGCGGAUCCAGCUGGGCCGCCCGCCCAACAUCCGGGACGUCUUCUACGACCAGGCGGGCAACAUCACCGCCGCGCCGCGCCUGGAGCCGGCCAGCCUGCCCAAGCGCUGGGUCAAGCCCUCGGCCGAGGUGGUGGACCCGGAGGUGGAGUCACAGCAGCAGGAGGCCCUGAAGACCGUCUCGGGGCGCAGAGCCCACAAGCUGCCCAGGGGCCCGGCCGAGAAGGGCAGUGCCCACGGCGAAAGGCUGCUGGGCGUGCGGAGGAGCCUGGCGGAGAAAGCCGCCCAGCCGCCCAGCCCGGCCGGAGGGGUCCUGCAGCCCACCAGCUUCGUCUUUGUCAGGCCCAACUUGCUGACCCAGACGGUGCAGCUGGCCACGGGGGUGACCCUCCGGUGUGUGGGUGGCGUCCGGGAAAAGGUCUCUCCCCAUGCGCACCAGGAGGAGGCCAAGGAGGGGCCGGGGAACCUGCACCCCAUGUGCCUUCGGGUGCCCACCCCCAGCCGACAGCACAUCCUCCAGCAGCCCAAGCCUCUGCCCCGCUUGCGCCCGGGAGCUGCCCUCUGA